AUGGCGCACUCGGCCCUCUUCUACGUCGUCCUGGCCGUUGUCGCCCUUUCCUUCGCCCCCCAGGUUCUCGCCUUCGGUGCCGGAAACAUUCCUGCCUACUCUUACCUCGAGGAUAAGGCCUUCCGUCAUGGUGACAUUGAGGAUGUCAUGUCCAACAUGUACAAGGUUAUCGGCACUGGCUUCCUCUCGCGCGGCACAAAGUUCAGUGGCCUUGACCUGAAGCGUGUCUACUUUGGCAACUGGCUGCGCGACUACUCUCAGGCUGUCGACGUUGCGUCGCUCUCAAAGGUCCCCCUUCAAACCAUCCUCAAUGUUGUCAUGGUUCUUGGCUUCCUCGCGCACGGCUACGUGACAGAGGAGUUUGAGGUCACCAAGGAGCGUCUUGGCUGCUACCUCCCUAUCGAGCACAUCGACAACCCGAAGGGCUAUGCAGAGGGCGAGGAUGCGCGCAAGUACGACCCUCGCCUUCGCGGGCCUAUUGAUCCUCGCGAACUGCAGAUUGAUCCGCAAAGCGGCAUGAAGAACUACAUUGCGAACGAGAACGGCAACUGGGACACUUCUAAGGCCCUCGCUCGCCGCACCCUGCUCAAGUGCAUUGAGACCGGCCGCCGGGCCCAACAGACUGGCAAGAAGAGCGACGAGUACGAGGCCUUCCGUCUCCUCGGCACUGCCCUCCACAUCCUCGAGGACUUCACCGCCCACUCCAACUUCUGUGAGCUUGCCCUCAUCUCGAUGGGCAACCACCAGGUCUUCCCUCACGUCGGCCAGAACUGCCGCGUCCGCACGCCCCAGGGACGUGACGUUUUCCCUCUCAUCACCGGCACCUUCGGCGGUGCCGACUUCAUCCACUCGCUCAUGGGUGAGGCUGGUGACCACCUCUCGUCGUCGGCUGUCUCCGACCUCAGCAAGUCGUUCUCAGACUCGCGCAGCAUUCAAGACGGCCAGGGAGCGUCUGCCCAGGCCCUCCGCCAGAUGUUCGUGCAGAUUCCCGGCCAAGACACCGAGCACCUCAGCCGCGAGAUGGACAACCUCCAGAAUCUCCGUGCUACCACUGCCGACCCCAGCACCAUGAGCCCCCAGGAGCUCUACAAGGUCCUCUGGCAGGCUCUCGCGUUCCGCGACAAGGUCAUGAAGAGCAUCGAGAACACAAUGGAGAAGAUCCCGGGUCUCAACGCCCUUACUGAGAAGAUCGGCAACUCUGUCUCAGUCUUUGUCAUGACCACCAUCGAGCCUUACGUCAAGCCUCUCCUCGGCACCGCCACCGAGACGCUCGCCAACUCGUCGCAGGCCAUCCUGGAGGCCCACGCGGAUGACCAGUUCGAGGUGUGGAACAACCCCAACGCCUCGGACCCGACCCACUCUUUCCUCUCCAAGGACCACUUCGCUGUCCUCUUGAACGAGCCUGCUGGCCAGAUCGCGCAGCUUAUCGUCAAGUUCUCAGCUGAGCGCGUAGCCCAAGCUUGGAGCGACUCGAGCAUAGACCCUCGCCGGCCCGUUGAGGACAUCCUCCAGUGCCUCUUCCACCCAGACUUCUCGAACGGCUCCGAGAUCCAGCGUAUCAUGCUCGACCACAUGCACAAGUGGUGGCAAGAGCAGGGCAAGGACCAGCAGCCCAGCCUCGAGCGUCUAACCGCGCAGGCCGUCCGUGAGGGCCGCAACAAGCGCAUUGGCGACAACUCGGUCUCGACUGGUCACGUCCACAACCAGCUCCUCCCCGAGGGUGGCCUUCAGCAGGUUAUUGCACAGCACAACAUCCAGAUCCCCGGCUUCAACCAGGGUGGAAACCAAGGUGGCCAGCGUAACAACAAUCAGGGUCGAUUCCAGAAUGCCCCUUCGCUCGACUCCCUCGGCGGCGGCGGUCGCGCGAGUGGCCAGAGCGGCUUUGGCGGCGGUGGCGGCUACGGAGGGAACCAGAGCGGCUUUGGUGGUGGUCAGCAGCAGUAUGGUGGUGGUCAGCAGCAGUAUGGUGGUGGUCAGCAGCAGUAUGGUGGUGGUGGUGGCCACCAGCAGCAGGGCGGCGGCUAUGGCCGUCAGUCGCCUCCCCAGCACCAGUCGGGCUUCCAGCCCCAGGGAUCUGGUGGUGGCUUCCAGCCGCAGGGCGGCUACGGCGGCCAGCAGCAGGGUGGUGGCUUUGGUCGCCACUCGCCCCAGCCACCCAGUGGCUUCCAGGGCCAGGGCCAGAGCCAGGGCCAGUACGGGUUCUUCAACCCACCCUCUGGCCCACCUCCGCCCCACCAGGGCCACCGGCACGGAGGCGGCGACCACGGCAACCGGGGCGGCUACGGCGGCGGCGAUGGCUACCCGGGCAGCCGGUGGUAA